UUAUUUUGAAAGCACCAGGCGGAAGUUGUCGGUGACCUCUUUUUGACGUUCAUAACAGUCCCCGAUUUACCGAGUUUUAUUUCACAAACAUUACCGUCUUCUGUCGCCAUUAAAAUGUCCUCUGGCGGCGGAAUUCAGAUACCGAGUCGUCUCCCGCUCCUGCUCACCCACGAAGACGUGCUCCUGCCGGGCUCCACGGUCAGGUUCAGCGUGGACUCCCCGCGGAACAUGCAGCUGGUGAGCCAGCGGCUCCUAAGGGGGACGUCGCUGAAGAGCACCAUCAUAGGAGUCAUCCCCAACACCAGAGACCCCGAGCAGGACAGCGAGGACCUGCCCACGCUGCACAAAAUCGGAACCGCGGGGAUCGCGGUGCAGGUGGUGGGCAGUAACUGGCCCAAGCCCCACUACACCCUCCUCAUCACCGGGCUGUGCCGCUUCAAGGUGUCCAGCCUCCUGAAAGAGCGGCCCUUUGUCCUGGCAGAGGUGGAGCAGUUGGAUAAACUGGAGCAGUACACAACAUCCACCACAGAGGGCGCUACAGCAGAGGAUGGAGAUCUGGGGGAGCUGUCCCAGAAGUUCUACCAGGCGGCCGUUCAGCUCUUGGGCAUGUUGGACAUGUCUGUCCCAGCCGUGGCCAAGUUCCGGCGCCUGCUGGACAGCCUGCCCAGAGAAACGCUCCCGGACGUGGUCGCCUCCAUGAUCCGCACCUCCAACAAGGAGAAGCUGCAGGUUCUGGACGCAGUGAGUCUGGAGGAGCGCUUCAGGAGAACCCUGCCCAUGCUGACCAGACAGAUCGAGGGUUUGAAACUGCUGAAGAAGAGCAGGAAGAUGACCCCUGAUAGUGAGAAAAGGGUUUUGUCCAUCCGCAAAGGCGGCACGUUUCCAGGGCGACAGUUCAGUCUGAAUCAAGACGAGGAUAGUGAAGAUGAUGGUGAUGAUACAGCCUCUCUGGAGAAGAAGGUUCAUGGAGCCAACAUGCCUGAAGCUGCACUCAAAGUUUGCCUUAAAGAACUCAAGAGACUGAAGAAGAUGCCUCAGUCGAUGCCCGAGUACGCUUUGACCAGGAACUACCUGGACCUGAUGGUGGAGCUGCCUUGGAGCAGAAGCACAAAAGACUGCCUGGACAUCCGUGCCGCUCGCGUUCUGCUGGAUAACGAUCACUACGCCAUGGACAAGCUGAAGAGGCGAGUGCUGGAGUACCUGGCUGUCAGACAGCUGAAGACUUCACUGAAGGGCCCCAUUCUUUGCUUCGUCGGGCCUCCAGGAGUCGGGAAGACAAGUGUGGGACGUUCCAUCGCUAAGACCUUGGGCAGGGAGUUUCACCGCAUCGCUUUAGGAGGCGUCUGCGACCAGUCUGACAUCCGAGGACACAGGCGAACAUAUGUAGGCAGCAUGCCGGGCCGAAUUAUCAACGGUUUGAAGACAGUUGGAGUCAAUAAUCCCGUUUUUCUGUUGGAUGAAGUGGACAAACUGGGGAAAAGCCUGCAGGGAGAUCCUGCGGCUGCACUCCUAGAGGUCCUGGACCCGGAGCAGAACCACAGCUUCACAGAUCAUUACCUGAAUGUUGCCUUUGACCUGUCCCAAGUGCUCUUCAUUGCGACUGCAAACACCACGGCAACCGUUCCCCCAGCACUACUGGACAGGAUGGAGGUCCUGCAGGUUCCAGGAUACACCCAGGAAGAAAAGGUGGAGAUAGCUCACCGUCACCUGAUCCCAAACCAGCUGGAGCAGCACGGAUUAACACCCCAGCAGCUGCAUAUUCCUCAGGACAGCACGCAGGAUAUAAUCUGCAGAUACACCCGCGAGGCUGGAGUUCGCUCUCUGGAGAGGAAGAUCGGAGCGAUCUGCCGAGCUGUGGCUGUGAAGGUCGCUGAAGGUCACAGACUCCCAGAGACGGACGCCUCCACCUCGGAGACUUCGCCACAGCAAGAAGAUAAAGCCGCUCCACCAGAGAUGCCUAUAGUGAUCGAUCAGAUGGCCCUGAAGGACAUCCUCGGACCUCCUCUUUUUGAGUUGGAGGUGUCGGAGCGGCUCACCCUGCCCGGCGUGGCGCUGGGUUUGGCCUGGACGCCGCUCGGCGGGGAAAUCAUGUUCGUGGAGGCCAGUCGGAUGGAAGGAGAAGGUCAGCUGACUCUGACGGGUCAGCUGGGAGACGUAAUGAAAGAGUCGGCCCAUCUGGCCAUCAGCUGGCUCCGAGCGAACGCUAAGACCUACCAGCUCACCAACAUGGUCGGAGCUCCAGAUCCUCUCGAGGGAACAGACAUCCACCUCCACUUCCCCGCUGGCGCCGUCACCAAGGACGGCCCCUCUGCUGGUGUUACCAUAGUAACCUGUCUGGCCUCGCUGUUCAGCGGCCGAUUGGUCCGGUCGGACAUUGCUAUGACGGGGGAGAUCACUCUGAGGGGGCUGGUGCUGCCGGUGGGCGGGAUCAAGGACAAAGUCCUGGCAGCUCAUAGGGCCGGAGUAAAGCGGGUCAUCCUCCCGAAGCGCAACGAGAAGGACCUGGAGGAGCUUCCGGCUAACGUCCGAGCUCAGCUGGACUUUGUCACCGCUGGAAACCUGGACGAGGUGCUGAACGCCUCGUUCGAUGGAGGGUUUCCUGGUGCUCAGGCUCACCCCCACGUCAGCAGCAAACUAUAGCAGAGUCACUGUAAUCUGAUGAAACUAAUUGCUUUAAUGUUGAAAAAAUCAACUAAAAUUCAGAAAACUCAGCUGACAGAAAGUCUGAAAACGAACUGCUGAUAGUAUUAGUGCACUUUUUGACAGAAGCCAGCUCUCAUUCUCAGUGUGACUGCAGUUUACCUGAACUUAGAAGCAGGUAGAAGAGCAAAAAGGAUUCAAGUUCACAUGAGUAGCAGGACCACUUCAGAAACCACGUCCUUAGUGAAGUUUAACCAAGGUGUUGGUUUUUGCAGGCGUGUCUGAUUCUGUUUAGGAGUCACAGGUCCACAGCAACCAUACAAUGUUAUUUCUAGCUGAGGCUGAUUAAUGUUUGUUGUGAUUUAGUCUGAGCUAAUAAACAUUUUGUAAUUUCCUUAGCAACUAAUUUUUACACCUGACUCACCUGCAUCUUUAAAGAGAGCAAUAAAUGACAGAUGUUAUGUG